AUGCAAGCAGUGAGCAUGCAUUAUUGUCCAGCAAAUGCUUUCUCGGGUCUAAAGCACAUGAAACACAUCUGGUUCCGCAAUACCACCAUUGGGACAUUGGCUGCUGGUGCUUUCAGUGACGUCGCUGAUGUCGAUUAUAUUUAUUUCCGAGAUUCAGUCAUAAAAGUUAUCGAAGAUGGAGCUUUUGGUGAGUCAAUAUUACAGUCAGUGUGA